CUCGUGUCGGACGGCUGGGCUGAAUGCUACCUUUUUGUCCGUUCGUGUGCCCGAUUCAAGAUUGCCCACCUAUCGGAGCCAUCUGUGCGCCCUCGUGCUGCAGUCGUGACUUGUGCUGUGCUGGUGUUGCAGGGCUAGGGUUUGGCAGCGAGCGCACUGUCCAUCUGCAGAUGCAUGCUGCUUCUCGCAUCUUUGCUGCUGCGCAUCAGUGCACGCCUGCUGCAUGCUGUUGCCGCCAUGAUCCGCCCAGGCAUACUUAAACCGGACGGAAUCGAAUCCGCUCCCUCCGCGAGCAGGGUGUCGCCCAUCAAUCGCAAGUCGAAGGUGCAACCCCAUCGAAAGGGAGAAAAGCUACAUAAUCACACCAGAGGCUGAUUUGGACGCCUCAUACCAUCAAGACGUCUGUUACAGACCCUCGUUCCUGGAGACCAAGUCACGAAUCACCGCAACAAAAGGCGCAGCCAGGGACACGAUGAUUCUUGACAUGUACGACGACUCCGCCAGAUUGGCCAACCUUUUCUCCGCUUCGUCGCUGGCCAACACCUCCAUGUCGAACUCUUCGUUGCAAGACGCUCUCGUGGUCGAUAGCAGCAGCAGUGAUGUGGGAAGUCGAGCUUCCGCGGACAGUCCCGACACGGCCUACACGAUCGCGUCCACUGGACACAGCGACAAGGGAGCAACAGCGAUCCCCAGAACAGAGCCUGUUGCAAGCUCAUCUGCCAUUCAUCCCAACAGCCGCAAGCCCAAUAAGACGCCGGCUUUUCGGCGAUCCUCUCACCACGCACUACCCGAAGAGGAUGCGCUCGCGCUAGUAGAGCGCAGACGGAAACAAAACCGCGAAGCACAACGCCGCUAUCGUCAGAAAGCUCGCAUGGCUGCGGCAAAAGAGUCGGACGCCCACGGUCCAACGCACGUCCAGCGCAAGACUUCGCCGACAAAAAGACUGUCUUCUGCUUCUGCAAGCAGCGAUGACGACGCGCAGAUAGAUGCCAACCAAGCCUCAGCUGAGAGCGAUCCCUCCACGACCAUGGACGCGUCCAUGGAGGAGACAUACGGUGCUUCGAGCUCGGCAGCUGUUCACAUGCCCGCACAAUCGCCAGGAGCAGCAACGAAUCCAUUCAGUCUUUCCGCUGACCUCUCCGCUCUAGUCAGUCAGACACUCGAGGCGAACGACAUGCCACAUGAUUUGGCUGCGUCGCCAGCGAUGGACUGGCUCCUCAACGGCACCGUGCCGUCGUCAUCCUCAUCAUCCGGCUGGUCUCCCCAAGGGGCAAGUCCACAACAACUUCUCGCUGCUGCAUCUUCCUCAUCUGAGGCGUCCUCGCUCGAGUCUCCACCAUCGGUUUCCUCUCCUCCUGCCUUCAUGAGCAGCGCCAAUUCCCCGAUCGAUUGGUCGAGUCUGCUGCAAACACUAGCGUCUUCACCAAAGUCAGCGGAUGCAGACCUCAAGUCGAUCAUAGAGCAGCAAAGCAAUGUGUCUGCCAUCCAGCCUUGGCCGGUCGCUCGCGCAGAGACCCACUUCGACGAAUACAACAGACUUCUUCGUGAUGCCAGCGCUUCAUUGUCGGGAAACGUGCACCCGACCAAACGUCAAAUCCCCCUCACAGCGCCCAAGACGGCUUCUCCUUAUGCGGAUCAAAUCUUUAUCCCACGGCGGGAUUUUUUUCGGGCGUUCUUAUCCAAUGCGGUCCGACUGGGAUUCACGGAUAAUCACAUGAAGGAAUGUAAGACCCGCAGUCCCAUCAACCAGAUCUGGUCCGUAAAGGACAGCAGGUUCAGCGAGCUUGGUCCGGACGACAGACCGCUGAACGAUCAAGUGGAGCUGGACGAGGACUGGAAGCGCGAUCUCCCAGAGAACAUGCGCCCAACUGCUGUCCAGUUGCGAACGCCUCACAACCUUGUCUUUGACACGCUACCCUGGCCAGCCGUUCGCAAUCGUAUCCUGAUGAUGGUCGGCGCUGGAGAUUCGCUAGCCACCAUGGAGCUCAAAGGAGACAUGAUGAGGCUGGGCAAGCACGAAGGUUGGCACAUGUGCGCAUUCUACAUUCACGGCGACCAUCCCGAAGACAUGAUGGAUGAACAGUGUUGGGAGCUUUCGGAAGCUUUCGCCACCAAAUUUUGGUUCUUGCUGGACAAGCACAUCAUUCGGACCACGAACCGCUGGAGAAGAGCGCGAGGAGUUCACCCCAUCGUCGUUCCGAGCAUGUUCGACUCGAGCGUGAAUGGCUCUCCUGCCGCCUUUGCCGCCUGAUUUCUCUUGCCCCUUUCGCCAUCCCACUUUCCCCACCGAGAGCUCGCGCUUCUUCUCUUGUACGACUAUCCUGUAAAGCAACCACUUCAACCACUCAUCAGUCCGCGUGCACCACUCAAUUCAAGCGUCUUCGCACGUGC